AUGGCUGCAGCCAUUGCUUUCUUGGUUGGCAUCAAUGCUGUGCAGGCAGCUCUCAAUAUUGAUGGAACACAAGCCACGGGGCCUGUUGGCGACGUCGAUCCUUCGCCUACUGGUGAUGUCGAUGCGUAUGACCCAGACAACUACGAUUGCCCGCUUCCAUGCAACGACUAUGCCAAUCCUCACAGCUGGAUUCCUUACCUCUCCGUGGAGCGUCUGGAGCGUUGCAAGAGCCCCAUGCUGCUUCAGUUCUCUGUUGCGCAGCUGCUCGAUGACCCCAAAUCGACCGUCUUGAUACGCAGUUGCUCGCUCGCCUCCGGACUGCCAUCACGUCAAGCGGCCUCUGCGAUGAAUGCCGUAGUACCCAACCCUAAAAAAGGCGAUAAUCUCUUUCAGCCUAGCCUAGGCACCGCUGCCGCUUGUUUCUUCAACGGCACGCAAAGCAAGGGAAAGCUCAACAUGGCUUCGACAACGGAGUUCGUGGAAGCUGGAGCUGGACGCCAGGCUGCUGACCUCUUGCGUCUCAUGCAGAGUUACUUCCGAGAAAAGGACAACUGCGACGAGAGUAUAAUCUUCGGCCGUCACCACAAGACCGUUGCCGGUAUCUACAUUGGUGCCAGCCUCGGCAAGAAAACAGCCGAGUCCUCUCUCCAUGUUUUGGCCGACCACCUGCGCAGCAGCUCAAACGUGUCAAGUCAUACCACUGCCGAGCUUUGCAGUGGCAAGAUGCAACCAGAAAAUAGCUUCGGUAUAUCUGUUGAUGUAACCGGCAAUCUGGCUGCGGUUCAAAGGGCCGUGUUGGCGUGGAGCAAAGGCACAUGUGCUUCCUCCAACAAGGCUUUACGGCCAACAGGAAUGGCGGCUCCCGUUGGCGUAUGGCAGAUUGCUGCAACAAGUUGGACUGGAAAUGUUUCAUCACCAACCACGAACCUCGGGCCUCUGCGUAGCAAACAAGGCAAAACUCUUGGUCGACGAGCCACUUGUCGACACGUCAGAGUGGUCUCGGGUGAUGGCUGUGCAGCUCUUGUCUCAAGAUGCGGCAUAUCCACUGCCGAAUUUUCCAAAUACAACCCCAGACCGAACCUGUGCUCCAGCCUCAUGCCCGGCGACCAUGUCUGCUGCUCACCGGGCGAAGCCUACACGGAGCCGAAACCCGAGCCGCCCAAGGCAAACAGUGAUGGCACUUGCGCAGUCCAUCUGAUCCACGACAGCGACACGUGUGAUAAGAUUGCCAGAAAACACGGAGUUACCGUAGCCGACUUGGAGAAGUGGAACAAGGGCAAGAUCUGGGCCUGGACCGAGUGCAAAGACAUGCUCGUGGGCUACAACAUGUGUAUAAGUGACGGCUCAGCACCAAUGCCACCACCGCAGCGAGGCACCCAGUGCGGACCGUUGGUCCCUGGCACCAAGCCCCCGAGAGACAAGUCAACGUCCAUUGCUGACCUGAAUCCGUGUCCUCUCAAGGCCUGCUGCAGCAACUGGGGGUUCUGUGGUGUGUUCCCAGCCCAUUGCCAGGUACACAAGCCCAAUGGUGGCGGUCCGGGAAGCAAAAAGAGAGGCUACCAAAAUACCUGCGUGUCCAACUGCGGCACAGAAAUCAAGCGCAACUCCGGCCCCCCUGCGGCCUUUCAAAGGAUCGGCUAUUACGAAGCGUUUGGCAUGAAGCGAGACUGCCUCCGGCUGAGAGCAAAGGACGCCAACACAGAUGGGACCUAUACACAUAUACACUGGGGAUUCGCCGACAUUGAUCCUGUGACGUGGAAGCCAGUCAUUAAUGAGGGCAAAGACCAGUGGGAGGAUUUCAAAAAGCUGCCAAAUAUAAAGCGCAUCCUAUCCCUUGGUGGCUGGGCGUACUCGACGGAGCCGGCAACGUACAACAUCAUCCGAAGGGCCAUCAUCGACAACAGGGCAACGUUUGCCAAUAACUUGGCCCAAUUCGUUCAGGAUGAGGGCAUUGACGGUAUUGACAUUGACUGGGAAUACCCUGGUGCACCCGACAUCCUCGUUGGGGGCCAGCCCAUCGGUCAGCCGUCGGACGGAGUGAACUACCUCAAGUUCCUCACCGUGUUGAAAUCCAGAAUGGGAACCGCAAAGUCGGUGUCAAUUGCCGCCCCGGCAUCCUACUGGUACCUGAAGGCAUUCCCCAUCGAUCGGAUUGCUUCCGUCGUCGACUACAUCGUGUACAUGACGUAUGACUUGCACGGCCAGUGGGACGCCGGGAACCCCAACGCCUUUGACGAGUGCCCAUCCGGAAGAUGCAUUCGCAGUCACGUCAACCUGACCGAAACGGCCAACGCACUGGUCAUGAUCACCAAAGCCGGGGUUCCCAAUAACAAAAUCUUUGUUGGCGAGGCGAGCUACGGCAGGUCGUUCCGCAUGGCCAAGGACGGUUGCUGGGGGCCCAUGUGUGACUUUACGGGUUCCCGAGCAGAGUCGAACGCGAGCCCCGGUCGAUGCACCAAGACGGCGGGAUAUCUAGCCUAUGCCGAGAUCAACGAGAUUAUAAAGGCCGGGGGCGAUGUCCAGACGUUCCACGACGGAGGCUCCAACACGGACGUCUUGCUAUACAACGGAGACUACGUCAGCUACACGACACCGACAACGAGGGAGACGCGGCGGACCGACUGGGAGAAGUUGAACUUCGCCGGCACCAUCGACUGGGCCGUUGACUUGCAGCGGUUCUCUGCGGACGACAUGUCCAGCAUCGAUCGGCCCCAAUCCGGCCAGGGCUGCGUCAGUGGCCGCGAUUUGUCGCUCGAAACUGCCGAAAUGUGCGAGUUUGCGUGCGAAUACGGCUUCUGUCCCGCGUCGCUGUGUAGUUGCGUUGAGAGGGGAAAGCUGAGGGACCUCCCGCCCGAGAAGAAGGACGUCAAGGGGUCGGCAUGGGACUCGUUCGACCUAGACAUGAACCGCCUUUGCGCGUUUUCAUGCAAAUAUGACAAGUGCCCUGAAGAUGUGUGUUCCAACGGCGUCCAACAGCAGGACGAAGACGAAGACGACGACGACGACGACGACGCGUAUGAAAUCACCCCCGGAUCUACCAGUCAGUACGAGACGAGAUACGAGCAUCACAAGGAGUGCCACGUCUUUGAGGAAGGGAGCCUUAGGCAAAGCUCAGUCAACCAGUGCAUAGGACCUUGCAGCGAGGAAAUUAGAAAGGCCAAGGAAGAGGGCAGGGUCACCAACUACGGGUGCAUGGGAUUCUUCCCGCUCAACGAGCCCAUUCCGUGGUUCAAAGUGAACGGCUUCUCCAGCCGCAUGGCGCCAGGCAGAUGUGUCUGCGACGACAUGCUCGUCAACACAAUCGCCGAGUCUGUGAUUGAGGCAAUGCCCAUGAUCGCUGCAGCCGCGUGCUUCAUGCUCAUGUCGGCUGUCAAGCUGGUGCUCGAUGUUGGAGCAAGUUUCAUUCCCGGGGUAGGCAAGGCCAUUGAUGCCGGCUUGAACAUGGCCACAACUGCUGCACAAAUGGCGGCCUACAUCUACCCAGAGGAGGAAGAUCCCGCGGGGGCCUUCAAAUGGUGGCUCAGCCCUUGCGGUGGCGAGAGCGACCUCGUGCCGGAUGACAUCAAGCAGGCCUUUGACAUUCUCAGCACCGUUUCCGACGGCGUGACGGGGUUCAGACCACCCAAGAAGAUCAAAAAGGGGAGCGGAAAGAAAAACGACGACGGGAAUCCCACCAACCAAGACAAACCCCGAGCACUCAAGAGACCCGCCGUCAACAGCGGCGGCAACACUGGCGGCGGCGGCAGCGGGAACAGCAAUAACAAGAAGCAGAAGACAACUUGUAAGAUCCGAAAGGGCUAUUCCACGAGACGCAUAGGCGGCUACGGCAAUACCGUCCAGUUCCGAUCCUGCGUGCAAGACAAGACCGUCACAGACAACCUCGUCAUCGAGUCGGUACACUACGAUACCAACGCAAAGGCUCUCGGCGUGACCAAGGAAUGCCCCAAGGAAUUCACCCAGGCAUGUUACCACUACAGCUCUGCCAUCAGAGUAAGCCCUCAGUGGGCAACCAUUACGUGCCCCCCUGAGGCUGGGAAACCCAGAUGGCGGAAAAAUGCCAAGGCAACGAAUGCGUGGGCAGCCCAACAUGACGGCAAGGGGUGGAAAGACGAAGCACACCGAGCGGAAACAAAGUGUGACAAGGACGAGUAUCCCCCCGCGUACUUUCUGAACGAGCAAGACGAUGCUUGGAAAUGGGCCGGGAAACCGGCCGGCAACGGGCAACUCGUCCGCUGGGUUCCAUGGAAGGAGAACCAGGACGCCGGUCAGCUCUGGAAAGGCGCCUGCUUCGAGGGGCCCGUAAGGUCCAUAUCGGACACCGACUUGGUUCGACGAGUCAGGAACGCACCGGCUCAGAAGCAGAGCGCUGUCACGAACGGUCAAGAGACGGUGACGUACGCCGAGGUCACGGUGGCGCAUAGACCGGAAUGGGGGAUGAAAUUCGCCCAUGCGGCAAAUCCUCUCCCCAACGACGGCUUGGAUGAAAAUCCUUGCUGGCCGUCCAAGAUUGCUCCCCGGGACCCUGGCUUCGCCCUGCUGACCUUUGACCCCUACUACACGUCGAUUUACGGCAAAGAUCAGGCCAAGAGUAAGCACCCGUAUGCGUACGAUCAGCCGUAUAACCCCCCAACGAAUGGGGCUUGA